AUGUUCAAUUCUUCAUAUUCGAUGAAUGCUUCUCCAACACUUAACGGAUCGAUAAGUUAUCUUUUUACUUCCCGUCCAUUGGUGAUCGAACCGAGUUCUCGAUUGAACUUUGUAGAAAUGAUUGAUAGAUUUCAUCUUGAUCCUCUUGCACGGGCUAACCGAGCGGAUAAUAUGAAAGGCAAUAUCAAUAAUGAAGAAAUCAAGCCAGUAAACGAUUACUUGCUUUAUGGUCGCUUAUAUAUUCCAACUGGCCGACUUGAAGCUAUAUAUUCAAGAAGGCUUUCUCCAUGGAUGCAAUGUGUUAUUACAGGUGUUAGUGAACCUAGAAUGAAAGCAGCCUCACAUUGUACAGGUGAGCUCCAAUAUGACGCUGGUAAAUGGUGUACCGAAGUUUCUUACACAACAGAUGGCGAACUGUUUGGUUUAAGGGGACUUUAUAAUUUAUCAAGUCAUGGAUCAGAAGGAAAUAUAGAACAUGGGGAGGUGUUUGCAAAUAAAAAAGAAGUUACGACAAAUGGUAUUAAAGCAUCGGUUGUUGAAAGGAAUGCAUUUGAUGAACCAUCGAAUUCCGAUGAUGAUGAUGUAGUAGAAGCAUUAAAAGGCGAAUGGUCAAUUGGUGCCGAAUUAUACUAUGGAAUCCGAGAAAAAAGUGGGGGAGCCGGGAUUCGUUAUCGGACUCUUCCACAAUUCUCAGCACAAUCACCACUUACAGUAACCUAUCUAUUUAAUCCUAUUAUGGGACACAUGUCUGCUGCCUUUGCUGCUCAGGUAUCUGAAGAUUUGGCUUUGUGCCCACGAUAUGAAUUCAAUAUAUAUAGUUACGAAAGUGAUCUAACGAUCGGAGCUGAAUGGUGGCAAAGAGAGAGUAUCGAUGAUGUAAAUGCUGUGUCAAAUGAAAGCCCUGAACUCAAAGGAGAUGUUCAAGGUGUAAUCAAAGCCUCAAUCAGUACUGGAAAG